GCUUCUUUCAUUGAAUAAACUAGAUCUAUUGGAGCGUUUAUUGUUACCAGCACGUAAAAGGGUUCUGUGUUGUUGAUAGACUUAGCAAGGGAUUUCGAUAUUGACUCUAUUGCUUUAUUCAUUGAGUAUCAUUUUGUAUGCUAAGGGAUUAAAGAGAUUAGCAAGCGAUAGACAGAUAGCUUGACGUUAAGUGUCUAUCACUUGCGAAGUUUACUAUUAGCGCAAGUUUUGAGAGCGCUGGCAUAGCAGAGAAUAUUGAAGGUCUGUAAUAAUCUUGUAUUGAAUAUAUAUAUAGUUUCUGACCAGUGUGAUACUUGCAAUAAACCAUGGAGGUACGGACGGGUUGGAAAUUAUUAAUUUGUCAGUUUUCAACAUAUUGGAUUUAUGUGAUAUGUGACUCUACCGCGAGGUCUGGUUUAAUAGAAAAUGCACCAAAAUAUGGAACAUAUCCGCACAAAACAUCAAACGACAUAUACAUGGAUCCAUGCAAAGCAUACGGGUUCAUAGGAGAUAUAGCGCUCUCAGAGGAGGAGUAUAAGGAGUUUAAGCCCCACGGCUACCUUGAGGAAAAGAUGGGAACCUCCAUAUACGAGCUACAGAUCGAGGACCCCUCCACCAUGCACGGGCCAUCGCAGAAAGGGCCUUUCACGAAGUAUGAUGACCUCGUCGACAAAGAAACAAGUGUUAAAGACAAUACGGAUAAAAAAUUGCAAAAAGAUCUCAAUAAGGAUAAUAAAAAAUCAAGACAAAACUGUGAGAAAGGGUAA